AGCACAUCGACAAAGAGCUCUAGCGCCAUAAGCGACGGCGGCGAUCGCGAUCGUUCAUCAACAAUUCAGGAUCACCUCUCCGACAGAGCGCGCGCACGCACGCUGGCACGCACGCACGACGGUUGCUAGCGACCUCGGCCUAGCCCCUCGACGUACGUGCUUUCUCAGUGCCGCACGAUCGUCUUCGUCGGUCGAUCGAGGCCCUCAGUCACAUUCCCAGCCUCAUCACAUACAUUCCAAGAACCGCGCUCCGAUUCGAUCCGGAUCCGAUCGACGAAGGAGUUCACAGAGCCCGCAUUCCGUCGACGAUAGAAUGGCGUCGUCCGCGUUGCCGCUGCCACAGAGGUCGUCGUCCGACGACUGCGCCAUCGCGUCGCGGCUGACCGCGUCGGCGGAGGCGGCGACGGGGAACGCCGAGCUCGCCGCGCGCUGGGCGCGGGGGCGCGUCGACGACGAAGAAAGGCCCGCAUCGCCCAAGAAGUACGACGUGUUCAUCAACCACCGCGGGGUGGACACCAAGCACACGGUGGCGCGCCUGCUGUACGACCGCCUCGAGCACCUCAGCGAGGGGCGGGUCCGCUCCUUCCUGGACAACCAGUCCAUGCGCCCCGGCGACAGGCUCCACGAGAGCAUCGACGAGGGCAUCAGGCAGUGCAGGGUCGCCGUGGCCAUCUUCUCCCAGCGCUACUUCGACUCCGACUUCUGCCUCCGCGAGCUCGCCUCCAUCGUCGAGGCGCGCAAGGUCCUCAUCCCCAUCUUCUACGGCAUCAAGCCCUCCGAGCUCGUCCUGCCGCAGGAGGUCGUCGACUCCAAGACGUACACGCCCCAGGAGAUCAAACGCUUCACCCUCGCCCUCCAGGAGGCUAGGUACACGGUCGGACUCACCUACGACCCCGCCACAGGUGACUUGGCGGAUCUGGUGUUAACGGCAGCGAACGCGGUGAUGGAGAGGAUUCGAGAAACGCAACAGCCACAACGCCGCCAGAUGAUCCUUUCGAGGCUGUGAAUUUAACGGAGCAUCUGCUAUACUAUUCAGACCAGCAGCUAUUGGCGCUGGCCUGCAUUUCGUGGAUAUUAUAGUACAAUGACUCAUUAACAGGGAUGGGAUUGGUUCAUUUCAUUACAUUUUUUUCAUUGUAACAAAUGAUUUGUUCUUUUUUUUUCUAUUUUCGUUUACAAAUUAGGUUUUGGGCACUUGGGACGGCAGAAAUGUAUGUACCCAUGUAGAAUAAGCUACUACACACAACUGACCAUAAAACGGUCCUCCAAAUAUGUGGUUUGCAACAAAUAUAAUGACAGCGCCACAUAAUAAUGCACAUGUGUAGAAAAAAAAAUUGUACUCCUAUGUCGGAAGAUUAAAGAUAAUUUUUGCAUACUGCUGUUGCAGUGUGUGUGUCUA